UCCAGCAUCAGCCACAAACAUACCAAACAUGGCUCUCCUGGACCCCUCCUGGGACUUGGUUGUAGCAGCUGCCACUGGCCUUUUGACUAACCAUUCACAUGUGGAGCUGAAAGCCCCAGGCUGUGAUGCAGCCCCCUGGGAUGAAGUGAGUGGGUGCCAUACUCCAGAGCUGUGUGAGGGAGGGGCUGCUGCAGGCUCUGUCUGCAUCUCUGUGUGUGGGCAUUGUGACAUCGGCAGGCCGUGUGGCCUGGAAGCCCUUCAAGGUUUAGCUAAAGGCAGAAGGCCAAGGACUCCAUGCUGGCAGGACAUGACCAAGGAGGGGAAGGGCUGCGAGCAGCUUCCCGAAGCAAUAUGCAUCGCAGGGCCAGGGAGCAAGAUCGCCAAAGACUUCCAGGUCAUGGUGAAGAAGGUGGCGGGCCAACCUGAGGUCAUGCUCAUAGGGGAGACGCUGGAAGGCAAGGACAUGCAUGGGAUGAUGGACACCUUCGUCAAGGACCUCUUUACCACCAACUGCUACCCCAUCCACCCCGGAGAUUCCCUGAAGGAGCCCCUGGCUGCCACCACCUGCAACAUCGGGGGCACGCCAUGCCAGCUGAUCUUCUUCCUCUGCCGGGCUUCCUGCCUCCAGGGGAAGCAGAAGGAGCUCCGCAGGGUCAUCAAGGAGGUGAAAAAGUUUAUCGAGAAGUCCCCCUGUGCCCUGGUGGGCGUCGUCAUGGACCCCAAGACUUCGGAGGCAGAGGCCGCCCGCGACCAGUUGCUGCGCAUGCUCCGGGGCGCCUUCCCCAAGGGGUCUGCGCAGAAGCAGAGCAAGGCUGGAAAGGCUACGGAGGAGGUCAAGAACGGCCCGAUGGAGCUGGAGGACGUGGAAGUGGAAGCGGAGAUCUACACCCCAGGCCACCCGCGAGGGAACCUGGCCAUCGUGAAGGCAGCUUGCAGGGCUUCUGAAGCCCUGAUCAAAUCCAAAGGUAUGCCGGAGGAGAACCCUAACGCCGAGGUCACUAAGGAUUCGCUAACCAUUACAGGUUCGUGGACUUCGUUUGCCGUCAAAAGUGCCGUGGGGAUGACAUGCAUUGCCUUGGCUUCCGGAGCAGGGUGGUACGCCUACAACCAAGGGAUGAUCCCGCCAGAGGUGUUGCAACUCCUGCACUUGCCAUCUGUCUGAGGUGUGUGUUUCCUUCAGCUUU